AUGGAGGCAUCUCUUGCAGCAGGCUUACGCUGGAGCGUCAGAGAGGGCGCCACCGUGAUUCUCUAUCUCUGUCUUGCCUCUUUGCCUGCGUGGUAUUUGGCAGCUUAUCUCAACUCUCCUCUACGCCGCUUUCCCGGCCCAUUCCUGGCAGGAUGGACGAACCUGUGGCGAAUGUUCUAUGUGCGCCAGGGGCAGUCUCAGCGCGUAAUCCAGGAGCUACACAAGAAGUACGGUCCGGUGGUGCGUAUCGCGCCGAAUGUCUUGGAUCUAGACAUCCCCGACUUGAUCAAGACAAUCUACAACACAAAGGCCAAUUACGUCAAGACUGAGUUUUACCAUGGCAGCAGCGCCAAGAGUAACGGAAAAAUCAUCUACAAUCUCUUCAGCGAGUGCGAACCCGAGGUCCAUGCACGGCAGAAACGACCUAUCUCCAAACAUUAUUCAAUGACCGGGGUGCUGCCACUAGAGCCACAUAUCGAUGAGAUGAUCCUGUACCUUUGCCAGCGACUGGAGGAGAGGUUUAUCGAUGCAUCCGGCGCCACCAAAACCUGCGAUCUUGGCGAAUGGAUUGCCUUCUAUACCUGGGAUGUGGUCGGUAAAGCAACUUUCAGCCAGCCCAUUGGAUACCUGGGAAAAGGCUUUGACUUCGACGGCACUUUGAGCACCGCCGAUACGGCGAUGGACUACUUUUCCUUAGUUGGCCAACUGCCCAUCCUGGAUCAUUUGCUGGACAAGAACCCUGUUUACCGUAUUGGUCCGCCGUCCUUCGGCAACAUUACCAACAUAUCGAUUCAGCAUCUAGUGGACCGGCUUCAGGGCAAGGACACGGAUUUUCAUGAUCCUGCAAAGCCUGACUUUCUUGAUAACUUCAUUGAGGCUAAGGAGCGGUACCCUGACGUGGUGGAUGACAUGCAGAUUAUCUCCUAUCUGAUGAUAAACAUGAUUGCAGGAGCUGACACAACAGCUGUCACCUUAAAUGCAGCACUGUACCUUUCCCUGAAGAACCCGCGCGUCUGGAACCGCCUCAGGACCGAGGUUCCUGUCUACGACUCAUCAUCCAACCCACCGGUGGUACCGUAUAAAUCGACCAAGAAAUACCCAUACCUGGACGCUGUGAUCCGGGAGGCAAUGAGAUUUCACCCCGGGGUCGCGAUGCUUCUCGAAAGAUACGUCCCGGUGGGCGGCUUAGCCCUUCCCGACGGACGUCAUGUCCCCGCCGGCUCUAUAGUCGGAAUGAACCCCUAUGUAAUCGGUCGGAAUAGGUCCGUCUGGGGCGACGAUGCCGACGUCUUUCGUCCCGAGCGCUGGUUGCGCGACGACGCACACGAGACCGAAGAGGCUUUCCAGGAACGUCUCCGGCGGAUGAAUGCGGCCGACCUGACAUUUGGGGGCGGGAGCCGAGUUUGUAUUGGAAAGCAUCUGGGUUUGUUGGAAGUGUAUAAGGUCCUGGCUACGCUGGUGUCGCGUUACAAUAUCAAGUUAGCGUCCCCUGAGGAAGUCUGGAGCACCCACAAUAGCUUCUUCUUUCGGCAGACUGGGAUAAAGGUGAACUUGUCUCGUCGGACCUAG